AUGCUUAAAGACACCAUCCGCACCUGCGCCUACCGCGACUUCAUCUACGCCAACAAGAACCUCUUCCGCGGCAAGACCGUCCUCGACAUCGGCUGCGGCACGGGCAUUCUCUCGCUCUUCUGUGCCCGCGCGGGUGCCGCACGCGUCAUAGCCGUCGACAACGCAGCGCCCAUCCUCGAAAAGUCUCGCCUGAACGUCUUUCAUAACAACCUCUCCGACGUGAUCACCUGCAUCAGCGGCCGCAUCGAAGACGUCACGCUGCCCGUCGACAAGGUAGACAUCAUCGUCUCGGAAUGGAUGGGCUACUGCCUGCUCUACGAGGCCAUGCUCCCCUCCGUGCUGUACGCCCGCGACCGGUAUCUCAAGCCCGGCGGUCUGCUGGUGCCUAGCCAUGCUAGCAUGUGGCUCGCUCCCGUGGCUGAUGCGGACUACGUCAUGGAUAACAUCGACUUCUGGCGUGAUGUGUACGGAUUUGAUAUGUCGAAAGCCAUGCAGGCGGAUAUCUACCGCGAUGGGAGGGUGGUCACCAUGCCCCCGUCGUCCGUUUGCGGCAAACCUUACGCUUUCCGGAUGCUGGACCUGCAUACUGCGAAGACGGAGGAUUUGGCGUUCGAGGAUAAGUGGAUGAGUGUGCUUCACGAUGCCAGUGAGGCAGCAGGGGAGCGUCUCGAUGGGUUCCUGGUGUGGUUUGACAUCUUCUUUGGCGAAAGCCCGACCGAGAAGAUCGAUGCAGCCACGACUGCGGCGGAGUGGGUAAAACACGGCAGGGAGAGAGUGGCUUUCACCACAGGACCGUUUGGAGGCGAGACACACUGGCGCCAGGGAUUGUUCCUGAUUGACCAGGAGAAGGCCGAGGAAAUUGAGGUCGAGAAGGGCAAGAAGCUUGAGGGAACCAUUGAGUACGCCGUUGCAGCAGGCCAUGCCCGUGGCCUUGACAUCAGGGUUACAUGGAAGCAUGAUUCUGGCAAGAUCCAGAGUCAAACUUGGCGAUUGCAUUAG